GCUCCGCUCGCUGUUUUUCCUCCUCUACUCGCUUGUGACUUCGCUCGCCGCUCGCCAAGAUGCAGCUCAAGCCAAUGGAGAUUAACCCCGAGAUGCUGAACAAAGUGCUGAGCCGGCUGGGCGUCGCAGGCCAGUAUCGUUUUGCUGACGUGCUGGGGCUGGAGGAGGAGACCCUGGGCUCUGUGCCAGCGCCCGCCUGCGCGCUGCUGCUGCUGUUCCCACUCACUGCCCAGCAUGAGAACUUCAGGAAAAAGCAGAUUGAAGAGCUCAAGGGACAAGAGGUUAGUCCCAAGGUGUACUUCAUGAAGCAGACCAUCGGGAACUCCUGCGGCACCGUCGGGCUGAUCCACGCCGUGGCCAAUAACCAAGACAAACUGCAGUUUGAGGACGGAUCAGUCCUGAAACAGUUUCUGUCUGAAACGGAGAAGAUGUCCCCUGAAGACAGAGCCAAAUGCUUUGAGAAGAACGAGGCCAUACAGGCAGCCCAUGACGCUGUGGCACAGGAAGGCCAAUGUCGGGUAGAUGACAAAGUGAACUUUCAUUUCAUCCUGUUUAACAACGUGGACGGCCACCUCUAUGAACUUGAUGGGCGAAUGCCUUUCCCGGUGAACCACGGCGCCAGCUCAGAGGACUCCCUGCUGCAGGAUGCUGCCAAGGUGUGCAGGGAAUUCACUGAGCGUGAGCAAGGAGAGGUGCGCUUCUCCGCCGUGGCCCUGUGCAAGGCGGCCUAAUGCCCUGGGAGGCCUGCGCCGUGGCCCCUGCCCGUCAGCGUGAAAGCCCACCCCUGCCCACACGGUCCAGACGCUUCGGCACCCGGGAGACACGGCUCUCCUCCCUGGGUCCUGCUCCUCCCCCCACCACAUCAGGCGCUAGCAGAGCUCGGCUGUGGACGUGGCCGAGUUUGGUAUAAGCUUCAGGUGGCGAAACAUCCCUCCCUCCCCAUCGUAUGUCUUGUUCCUUAAUAUCUAAUGCUUUACAUGGCUGUCUGUGUCUGUAAAGUUCAGGCCUUGGAUGAGGUUGAAUUGUUUGUCCUUAAGAGGAAUAAAACUUUUCUGCUGAU